AUGGGGUCGCUGGUGUGGACGAGAGCGCUCACACUCGUGACGAUCGUUGCGGCUGCGACGUUGUCAACGACGACGAUCGACGCACGGGACAACCGCUUGACGUUCGGUACGCUCGAGCGCUGUGACGACGUGCAGUGCCAAUGGACCGAUCGAAGUGGCGUCGCAGUGGCUUCGGACGUGAUGGUGACGCAGUUCCUGCAAGCCGAAGGGAUACCCCACGAAGGCUCGAGCGCGUCUCGACGUCGCAUGGAAGCGCACGUCGAGUACCUGGAAACCCUUCACAAGCUCGCGGCGCAGCGCAAGUGGGCGUUCCCGUACGCGAUGGGCGUCACCCGUCGGCAUUUGCACCACGACGGCGACCGGACAUUGUCUCCUGCUGCCUUUGUGCAGCAGGAACACCAGGCAGCCCAACGUCAACGGCAGCGUCAACGGCAACGGCGACUUACAGAACGUGGCCUUCGCUUUGCGACUUCGACGCCCGCGUACCGCGAGACGCUCAACUGGUGUUCCCCGGACAACGUGCGCAACGAGAGCAUCUGCACAGACGUCAAGAGUCAGAACCAGUGCGGCAGUUGCUGGGCGUUUGCCGCUGCCGAUAGCAUCGAGACGGCCGUUGCAGUGAACGCCGGCACACUGCCGCAGUCGCUCUCGCCGCAGCAGUUCUUAACGUGCAGCGCGCGGGAAAUGACCGCUACGUUCGACUACUGUUGGGCUGCAGGCGGCGUCGAGGGCUCGAGUUGGCUCGAGCGUCAAAUGGUCUGGGGCUCCCGGAACGACGCGUGCAAUGGGGGCAUGACCCACGCCGCGUUUGCCGAUGCCGCGCAGUUGCAGUGGUCGCUGAAGAGCGAGCUGAGCGUCCCGUACCAGGAGCGAGAGCUGUUGCAAACGGCUUCAGGCAGUGGAGCAGAUGUGUGCACGAGCUCGACAGUGGACGACGCUGCCGCGAGCAUAUCGGGUUGGGCACAGGUCGUCGGGCCGUCGUGCGAAGAGAGCCGUGACCCAAUUGAGCUGCUCAAGUUGGCGCUCCAGCACCAACCCGUGUCCGUUGCGAUCAACUCGGGCGGGUCCUUUGACGCCUACAAAGGCGGCAUCUACACGUGUCCGAACGACGGCACGUUCGCGUCGAGCGCUGCGAUCAACCACGCGCUCGUGCUCGUGGGCUACGGGUCCGACGGCACGACCGACUACUGGAUCCUCAAGAACUCGUACGGCGCGAGUUGGGGCGAGAAGGGGUUCCUGCGCCUGCAAAUGGACGCAAAGAUCAACUGCGGACUCAGUGUGUUUGCGGUCGUUCCCACUGGCGCAACCGUCGGGUCCGUCGACACGACCGUUGACGGCGGCGGGAAGGUCUAUUUCGUCGGCAUGACGCCCGAGUGCUGGAUCAUCGUCGCCAGCGUCGUGGGCGUUGCCACGGGGAUCCUCACGUUGGUUGGCGCCAUCUACGCCAACCGUCAGCGGGACGCCCUCAAAGAGACGCCGCUGUGGUAA